UACGCUCUCCACGGACACGGACUGUUUACGGUGCUGCACAGGAGAACGCGGAAGUGAAGCGCCGCUCCUGUCAGAGUUGUUGUUGUUGUUGUUGUUUCGUGUUUUAAACACAAACUAUGGCGGUGAGCGCGGUUCACCUGGAGUCCGACGCCUUCCUCGUGUGUAUGAACCACGCGCUGAGCACAGAGAAGGAGGAGGUGAUGGGUUUGUGCAUCGGCGAGGUGGAAAACUCGCGCAUCGUCCACAUCCACUCCGUCAUCAUCCUCCGCCGCUCCGACAAGAGGAAGGACCGCGUGGAGAUCUCCCCCGAGCAGCUGUCCGCGGCCUCCACGGAGGCGGAGCGGCUCGCGGACAUGACGGGCAGACCGAUGCGGGUGGUCGGCUGGUACCACUCCCACCCGCACAUCACCGUGUGGCCGUCACACGUGGACGUGCGGACCCAGGCCAUGUACCAGAUGCUGGACCAGUGCUUCGUGGGCCUCAUCUUCUCCUGCUUCAUCGAGGACAAGAACACGAAGACGGGCCGCGUCCUGUACACCUGCUUCCAGUCCGUGCAGGCGCAGAAAGGCUCCGAGUACGAGCGCGUGGAGAUCCCCAUCCACGUGGUGCCGCGGGAUGCCAUCGGUAAGGUUUGCCUGGAGUCCGCCGUGGAGCUGCCGCGCAUCCUGUGUCAGGAGGAGCAGGACACGUACCGCAAGAUCCACAGCCUGGCCCACCUGGACCCGGUCACCAAGAUCCACAACGGCUCCGUGUUCACCAAGAACCUGUGCAGCCAGAUGUCGGCGGUGAGCGGGCCGCUGCUGCAGUGGCUGGAGGACCGGCUGCAGCAGAACCAGCAGAACGUGGUGGAGCUGCAGCGCGAGAAGGAGAAGCUGCUGCAGGAGCUCAGCGCUCUGUGAGGACGCGAGGACACGAGGACACGAGGAGGACUCGCUGGUCUCAGUCUGGUACCAAAAUAAAAACCAGUCCAUGGUUUUUCUGAUUGAUCAAAUCCAUAAGUUCCAGGAAAACCUGCUCAGAAACAAGUUUACCCAUGAUCACAAUGGUUCCUAAACACUGGGGCGGGUCACGUAUAUGCGUGGUGGGAGAUUUUCGUGGGGUCUGCACAAAAAUGUGCUUAAUUUUCCUAACAUUUGAGUUCAUAUUUAACCUUUAAACAUUAAAAUAGUUUACCAAACGUCUCUAGGAACUCAAAUUCUCAAUUAAAGAAGUCAAAACAAUGUUGAAAAUGAAUUAGCUGCUACGUUCUUGCACAAAAAAUCUGUUCUUGUCAUGAUUUAUGGUUUGCCGUUUUGAAGAAAGUGGGUCCUUGUAUAGAAAGUUAUGGAAAUACUUUGUUAUCAGAACAGUUGAUUAUUAUAGAUUAUUAGAUUAUUACAUAUAAAUUAUUGAUAAAUUACUCAAUCAGUCAAUAGUUCACUUUGUUUGUUUCAGCUUCUUAAAUUUGAAAAAAAGUGGCAACUAAUUAUUUUCAGUAUUGAUAAAUCUGUCGUAAACGUCCAGAAAAAUAUUGAUCGGUGUUUCCCAAAUUGUACAAUACAAAAGAUAAUCAUUGUUAUUUGUUAUUUCUGUGUUACAGAGAAACUAAAUGAAUCAAAAGAUAUUUAUCUUUCAAAACCAAAAAAAGACACAAAAUAUAUUUACUUAAAAAAAAACUCAAAUUAACAUCAUUUUGUUCAGUUGAAAUUGAGAAAAUGUUAAUGUUUUUUUUCUUGGUUUGAGAACUUUUGGAAAAAAAAAUCUCACAUUUUUAUGAAGCAAAGAAGUUAUCAAGGAAAUAAUUAACAGAUUACAUCACUAAUUAAAAUAAUAAUAAGUUACUUGUUGCCUUCAGUCUGGUCAUAUUUUGCUUUUUUUCUUCCGAUUCAAAUUUAAAAAACAAAAAUUUGGUAUAAGUUGUACCUUAAUUGGUCGACUGUAAAAUAUCACUAAACAAUUCUCUGUUGCAUCUAACCCAACAUAAGAAGUUAUACAUAGAUUAGAAUAACAAAAAUAACAUGAUAUUCUAUUAUAAUAACAAUAAUAAUAACAGGAGCUGAGCACGUGAAGACAUCGUCUCUGGCGAGAUACAGUGUUAUUGUAGAUACUGUAAAUGUGCAUGAAGGUUAUGGGAUGUUGAUGGUAAGAUGCUGCCUGUCUUUCACAGAUAUGUAAAUGCUUGUGUGUGUGUGUGUGUGUGUUCACCUCCCACAGCUGUAAAAUAAAACCUAUUUUCUUACCAAAGAUUCACAGA